GCUGCAAAUCGGAAAGGCGCAGUUGGAGAGAGUUUUUGCAGGUCUAUGGCCGCUUCGGUCUCCUUCUGCCCUGGGGGACAGGAUAAGAACCGCGGCGGUGAUGAUCCCAACGCCGCGGCACCAGCAUGUGGGACCGAAGGGCCCCUUCAGCGCCGUUUAUGAACCCGCCGAAGACACAUACUUACUGCUCGACGCUCUGGAGCAGGAUGCGGAGGCUCUGAGAAGCGCCCGCAUUGAUAUAUGCCUUGAGGUAGGAUCUGGAUCAGGCGUAGUUUCAACUUUUUUGGCUUCAAUUGUUGGAUCCAAAGCAUUCUACAUGUGUACUGAUAUCAACCCUGUGGCAUGUCUGUGCACAGCAGAGACAGCUAGACACAAUAGUGUUCACAUUCAGCCAGUAAUUGCUAACCUGGUAACCGGAUUGUUGCCACGGUUACAUGGAAAAGUUGAUUUACUGUUAUUUAACCCACCCUAUGUGGUAACCCCUUCUGUCGAGAUACAAAAUCAUGGAAUAGAGGCAGCCUGGGCUGGAGGUAAAAAUGGCAGAGAAGUUAUGGAUAGACUCUUUCCACUGGUGUCAGACUUACUAUCAGCAAGAGGAUUAUUUUACUUAGUUACUAUUGAAGAAAAUAAUCCAGAUGAAAUUAUUAAAAUAUUGCAGGAAUGCGGUUUAAAUGGCAAUAAAGUAAUUUCCAGACAAGCAGGAAUGGAAUAUCUUUCAGUAUUGAAAUUCUACAAAUCCUGAAGAUGGCUCUGAGGAAUCUUCGUAUAGUAGACGCUUCAUUUUAAAAUGUUGUCUUGGAUUAAAUUUAAGUUAAAUGUAAUUAAAAUUAAAUUCUAAUCGCUGUCAGCAAGU